AUGGAGGAAGAGGAGGAGUGGAUGGAGGUGGAGAGCUGCACUGCUGACCCCACAGCCCCGGAUCAGCAGCCAAACAGUAAGGCAUCACACACUGAAGAACCCUUGAGCAACUUUAAUUCUUUCUUAGAUUUGUCAAGUCACAACCAAGACUCAGAGAAGACACGUUUAGCUAAUACACAUGACUGGAGUACAGACUGGAAUUUUUGGCUUGUCUAUCCUACAUACAAGCAGAGGAAUGAUGAAUUCAAAAAACAAUUCAAAGAACUUCCAGAAUCUGAAUCCCUUAUAGAAGAUUAUGCAUGUGCACUACAGAAGGACAUAUUGUGUCAGGGACGUCUCUACCUCUCUGAGAACUGGCUUUGUUUUCAUAGUAAUAUCUUUCGAUGGGAAACGUCUAUUACAUUUGCUUUGAAGGACAUUAUCUCGAUGACAAAAGCGAAAAUGGCAAGACUGAUACCCAAUGCUAUUCAGAUUUGUACAACAACUGAAAAGCUUUAUUUCACUUCUUUUACUGCAAGAGAACGAACCUAUCUCAAUAUCUUCCGAAUGUGGCAAAAUGCACUGCUUGACAAGUAUUUAAGUAAAAAGGAGCUUCUGGGAAUGGUACAGCAGAACUACGGAACAGACUUGGGAUUAAACAAAAAUGAAAUGGACAGCCUACAAUUAUCUAGUGAUGAAGCCCAUCUCAUAGGGAGCUCAGGAAAAAACACCAAUGAUGAAUAUAAUGAUAAAAGAGACCACUCAAACAAAUCCAGAAUGUUUUACCCCGAAGCAGCGACUUAUCAUUCAAGUACGCCACUUCCAACAGGAGAUGCUUCAUUUGUAAUUCCUUCAGUUGUAAUCAACGAUGAUGAACCAGGAAUGCUCCCUAGAGUGGAAACCAGAGGUGAAAUUUCACUGAUACGUCGCUCUUUUACCACAUCUGAAAAGGAAAACAGUAGAGGUGGCAGCAAUUCUUCUUCAUCUUGGCUAGACUUAAAUGGUAAUGAAGAUCUUCCCACAGAGAGGAAUGACCUAUCUGAUGCAGUUGAUGAAGAUACAGCUGAAGACGAAUUUUACCAUGACAUGAAGGGUCGACUUUACGUUAACCGUGUCUUCAACAUGAGCGCGGAUAAAAUAUUUGAGCUUUUGUUCACAGACUCUGAGUUUCUGCAGAAUUUCACUGAGGCGAGAAAAAUUACAGAGUUUGUCAGCAGUCCAUGGGAGGAAGAACUCGAUGGUAACCAGAAAAGGACGCUGAAAUACAAAAUAACCAUAACAAAUCCUCUGGCUGGAAAGUUUUCCACAGGAACUGAAACGCAGAUUUUGUAUAAAAAGAGCCAGAAGGAGCAUUACUAUCUGAUUGACUCAGAAAUAAUCACUCACGAUGUACCUUACCACGACUACUUCUAUACACUUAACAGAUUCUGCAUCAUUCAGACAUCCAAACGAAAAUGCAGGCUAAGAGUUUCCAGUGAUAUUUGUUACAGAAAACAACCAUGGGGUUUAGUGAAGAUAUUCAUAGAAAAACAUUCAUGGAGCGGGCUAGAGGAAUACUUCAAACACUUAGAAUCAAGUCUGUUGGUUGAAGAAAUUCUACAGAACAAAAUAUCGUCAGAAUUGGGUCAGGUUGGAAUGGUGCGGAGGCGGAGGAGAGCAUACAGCCGGAGUCAAGACCAGCUGGUCAAGCAGUUGUCUUCCAGGAAUCUGAAUGUAGAUUCACGAGAUGUUUAUGCAGGAAAAUUAAAUGAUGUGGAAGAUAAAUCAAUAAUCUGGACCUGGAACCUUUCAAAAUUUGUGCUGAUCAUGAGUAUUAUUCUAGUUAUUCUAGCUCUGUUGAAUAUAAGCCUCUUUUUUAAACUGUUGGUCAUAGAAGAUGUAGCUCAAAAAGCAUACUUCUCAAACAGGACGAAAACUGAAAAACAUAAAAUAGGUUUGGACCCAGAGAUAAUGUCUCCCAAGGAAAUAACAAAGCACAAGAAUAAAGCAGAUCUUCAAAGACUACAGGGAGUAAUUAAGGAUUCCAUUUUACUUCUAGACCAGUUGAAAGGUUCACUCUCAAAUAUUCAGAAAAGUUUUGACCUACAAAACCAGACCAUCAAAAUCCCCACCUGAUAGCAAUUUAUAAAAUUGCUGGAGGACAAAGUGUGAAAACGGCCAAAAGUGAAAAUGUUAGAAAGAAAUGGGAGACAAAUGUAAACUAAGUGAAGUAUAAGUUAAUUUCAUUAUUUUGCUCUACACUGCACCAAAAGUAAAUUUAGCCCAUUGACAAUAAUAUCUUUCAAUUUUAAUCAAAUCCAUUGCUCUAUUUGUAAAUUUGGGGGCUUAAACUGUUAUCUGAUUGACUUUCCAAAUGAGAAAAUGUGGCAGCAUAACUUAAACAUGCAAACUAAAAAAUCUUAUAAUAUUAAUUAAUAUGAGUUUUUUUCAUAAACUGUUUUGAUUUCUUACCACUUGCGAGUUCCACGAUUUCUUAUAGUUUGUACAGUAUUUAGACCUCUGUUGCCAAUGUGAUCUCAGUGCCAGUUCAUUGAAACAAUUUACUUCGCAUAAAAAUUGACUUGUCAUUUAAAGAGUAAACUUAUUUCCUCUUUGUACAAAGCUGGAUUUCAUGACAUCAAAACUUGCAUUGAUCUGGCCAAGAAUGUUAUUGAAAUAUAUAGGGAUAAAUUGGAACUUUAAAAAACAUUUUGCUUAAAAUUUAUGACUUUUUUUCCCCACAUAUGUGGCUAAUUCUAUGCGUUUUAACAUUAACUUCCAAAUUUAUUUUGUAAAUAAUACAAGUUUAUGGAUUGAUAUGAAUAUAGCCCCAGCAUUCUGACCUUGUUUACAUUUUAUAAUAUACAAUGAUUCUAUUGUUUUUUAAAUUUAUUUUGAUGAUUUAUAUUUGCAAACUGAAUUCUUAUCCGUUGGGCGCUUAAUUUUACCAACAAGUGAACAUUUUCCCCUGAAUGUUUUCUGAGGUCAAGGAAGUAACGUUAGUCACAGUUGAGGGAUACAACAAUAAAUCAGACUCCAAAGUGGCUAUUGAUUGCGUAGCUGACAUCAGUUUUGUAAACUAAGAAGCCAAACAGUUACAGCAGUUUUAUUGUAUAAGGGACCUUUUUGCUUUGUUUUGUUUUUGAAAUGGUACACCUAAUUUUUCUGUUUUUUAAAAAAAAAUUGAUUCUUUGACCGUAUUUUCGAUCAUCUCUUCGACGUUACUUUACGAUGUUUUUUGGUUAUCCACUGACAUCCCUCAUCAAUCUGUUUUAUCUACUGAUCUCUGGUCAAAGUCAAGAGUAAAAACUGUUUUUUACAGCUCUGAUAAUCACAUUUGUUGCUUAAUCUAAUGGGUAUAAACAAUUGUAGAUGAUUCAUUAGUGCCUGAAAUAAGAUCCAUACCUUUAUGUAAAUAUGCUUAUAAAUGAACUAAAUAUAAUAAUACGCAGUUAGUUUUGAACUUAUCAUUUAGUUGAGUUUCUCCAAGAUCAGUUCUCAGUGAAUCAGAAGUGUCUGGCCCAAUUAAACUCCAGUAAAAUAUGUCAGAGUAGAAGCCUGGUAAUGGAGAGAGCAGCAUCCACACAGUGCAUAAAAGAACAAGAUGUAAAAACAAAUAUUUUAAAAUUGCACCCUUUUCUCCCCACCCCACCACCACCCUUUGUCUGUAGACUUUGGCUAAACUUUAAACAAAAAUUUGAACUGAUCACCUUUGCAAGUUGGGAUUUUCCACGUGAGCUGUGGUUUACACUUUUAAAAUAAAACUUAAAAUGUUUUCCUUGAACUAGUAAGCUUAUGGAAGGACUAUGAAUAUGCAUGCGGUUUAGAUGUGAAAACUGAAUAUAUAUUUAAAAUAUAAAACUGAAUAUCUUGCUUUGAAGUGCAAUAUGUAUAUUAAUGAGAUCAUCUAGUGGAAACAAUUUCUGAAUAAAAUUGUUACUAAAUAUAAA